AAGUUUUAAAAAUUUAUGAUUUCUUUUUCAGUUUUUAUUGAUUAAUAAUAAAAAAUAAAUUGAAUACAUAAACAAAAAAGAGAAAAGGGAAUGAAGAGUGAGUCUUUCUUUUGUGGUAGGAGAUUUUGUGUUUUACACUUGCUUGGGUUCCUUGCAAACCCACCCAGGCGCUGGGUUCCUUGCAAACCCAGGCGCUGGGUUCGCAAGGAACCCAAGUGUGCUAGGUUCACAAGGACGCUUGCUUGGGUUCGCGUUCCUUGCGAACUACGAACCCAACAUCUGGGUUCGCGUUCCUUGCGAACCCAGGCACUGGGUUCGCAAGGAACCCAAUCGUGCUGGGUUUGCAAGGAACCCAAGCGUGCUGGGUUUGCAAGGACGCUUGCUUGGGUUCGCGUUCCUUGUGAACUGCAAACCCAACGCCUGGGUUCGCAAGGAACCCAAGCGUGUUGGGUUCGCAAGGAACCCAAGCGUGUUGGGUUCGCAAGGAACCCAAGCGUGUUGGGUUCGCAAGGACGCUUGCCUGGGCUCACACCGAACCUAGCAUGCCUAGGUUCGGUGGAACCCAGCACGCUUGGGUUUGGUUCCUUGCGAACCCAGCGCCUGGGUUCGCAAGGAACCCAAGUGUGCUGGGUUCGCAAGGAACCCAAGCGUGCUGGGUUCCUACAAACCCAGCACGGCUGGGUUCCUUGCGAACCUAGGCAAGGUAAGGCAGUUGCUGGGUUCUUGUGCAGGUGUUGGGUUCGAUUUUUCAAUUCGAACCUACCAGUCGCUAGGCUUUUGCAGGUGUUGGGUUCGAAAUCGAACCUAGCAGGCGGUGGGUUUCAUUUCAAACCCAGCGGGUGCUAGGUUUGAGCAGCUGCUGGGUUCUUGCAAGUGAGGCUCUAGGUUUCGUUUCGAACUCAGUAGCUGUUGGGUCAAGUAUCUAUUGAGUUUAAUCUGUUGAUUUGUUUUGUUAUUCUCAAAUUUAAUAUUAAGAGUUAGGGUUUGCAGAAGGUUAAAGGAAAGGGAGAGGAAGAAGAAAGGGAAAAAGGAAAAACAAACGAAGAAAAAAAAAAAGGAAUAAGAAAUUUUUUAAGAUUUU